GGACACGGUGUUUCAUAACCGCUCUUUUUUAUGACUCCAGUAACCAGGAAGAGGUGGCGGACGCUGCCGGGUUGCCUUUAGAAAAAUGUGCGCAAGUGUGACGCUGCUUAAAACUUUCGCUUCGUUAGUGUGGAUGGUUUCGAUGUGAGUGCGCUUAGGGAUCCAGCUGAGGGGACUGUUUGCUGACCGCCCUGUCGUCAUGUCAGAGUCAGCAUGAGCGCGCAGGAGCUAAGGCGCCCCGCGGAUCAGGGCCCGGAGGAGGAUGUCAGCGCUAAUGAGGACGACGAAGAGCCCAAGGUGUGCCAGGUGUGUGGUGACCAGGCUACAGGAUAUCACUUCAACGCCUUGACGUGCGAAGGCUGCAAAGGCUUCUUCAGGAGAGCAAUGAAGAGGCCGGCCAGCUUCAGCUGCGCCUUCCGGGGAAACUGUGUCAUCACCAAGAGCAACCGUCGGCAGUGCCAGGCGUGCCGGCUGAAGAAGUGCCAGAGCAUCGGCAUGCUGAAGGAGCUGAUCAUGUCUGACGAGGAGCUGGAGCAGCGGCGACACAUGCUGAAGCGAAAACGGGCCGAGCCACUGGCGCUGAGUCCGCAGCAGGAGGGGGUCAUUCAGGAGCUGGUGCAGGCACAGAGGAGCACCUUCGACGUGUCGUUUGUCCAUUUUAAGAAGUUCAGGCCCAUCGACCGUAACCUGGCCCCGAUGCACGAGUACGGCCAAACACUCCUGGAUCCCAGCCCAGUGUUCUCAUCUCCCCAAGAUGGGGCACUAUUCCAGUUCUCCUCUCCCUCAAACUGGGACGAGAGGCCGGGCAUGACAGAUGGGAGCAACAGAGUCUUCAUCACACUGCCUCACAUCGCUGACCUCACGACCUACAUGAUCCAGCAAAUCAUUAGCUUUGCCAAGCUCAUCUCAUUUUUCAGGGAGCUGUCCAUUGAGGACCAGAUCUCGCUGCUGAAAGGUGCCAUGUUUGAGGUGUGCCAGAUCCGCUUCAACAUGCUGUUCAACGAUGAGACAGGCGUCUGGGAGUGUGGGGCCCUGACCUACUGCAUGGAUGAUGCUGCGCGCGCGGGUUUCCAGCGCCACCUGCUGGACCCUUUGAUGAAGUUCCACUACACGCUGCGGAAGCUGCGACUGGACGACACUGAGUAUGUACUGAUGCAGGCCAUCUCCCUGUUUUCUCCAGACCGGCCAGGUGUGACUGACCAGAGGACAAUCGACAGACACCAGGAAAUGGUUGCCUUGAUGCUGAAGACGUACAUUGAGUCCAAGAGGACGUCCACAGAUAAGCACCUGCUGUUCCCCAAGAUUGUGGCAUGUCUGACAGAGCUGAGGUCCAUGAACGAGGAGUACACCAAGCAGGUGCUCGAGAUCCAGGACAUCCAGCCCGACGUCUCUCCUCUCAUCUUGGAGGUGGUCAGUAAGGACCCCUAACACCAACCUACAUGAGCAGCACCAUCAGCAAAGCACAAGACGCAAACUGGAAGAGGGGUUGGGGGGUCUUGAGUAAUCAAACCCAGGUCAAAGUUGUCAUUCAUACUGACAGAAAGCAGACAGCCAUAACACUUUUGGUCCAGAACACGUCUCACGCGUGUGUGACCUACAACUGGCAGUGUGAUAAGGGUAGUGGUGUUUGUGUUCAUCUUUGUAUAUAUUUUAUUUGGUGUUGUGUCGUGGCUGAAUGUAAUAUUUUUUUUGUAAUCUAUUAUGCACAUAUUUAAUUUCUCACUUAAAAUACCACGUACAAAAUGAAUGUUUCCAUUGGCAACCAGGACUCUAGGUGAGAAAGGCCAUUAUCUAGACAGAAAUCACUUUUGUUGAUUUCCAAUUCACAAUUGUGCUGUUGUUUUUUGUAAAAACAUUUUGGGUCGUACCACGUACGUCGCGGGGGGGGGGGGGAGCAGAGGUUCUUACCAUUCAAAGUGCCUCAGCCAAACUGGGAGUCUGGUGGCUUCCAUUGAUCUGCACUGCGUAAUCUCAGUUUCACACACGAGACAGAGCAAAGCAGUAGGUGUACAUUUGUGUAUGAUGGCACUAGUCACCUUUGCUACCAGAUCCUUUCUCAGUGCUGCUAAUGCAAAGGUCAGGUUGACUGGGGGGGGGGACCAGCCUCCACCUUUAAAAGGGCCGCUCUCACUUAUACAGACGCCUUCCGACCAAAAAAAUAAUCUACUGACUUCGAGGUAUUCAUAGCUUACGUACCAUUCAAUAGGACAGGGCAAGGAAUGAGAGUUGGACCAGCAACCUUAAUCACAACUCCAGUUCCUUAACCACUACGCCCUCUUGUGCUGAGCCACUUAAACUGUAACUAACACUUACCUAUGAAUGCAAAUAUAAAAAGAUAUUUCAUAUUGCAUUAGGCUGGCUAACAGCCUUCAUCGUUGGAAGGAAAUGUGCAUGUACGUCAUUGAAAUGCUUAUUUUGUGUUGGUGAAGACUGGUAUCGUAGAAGAUAUUGUCCUUCUGGUUCGUCGAUAUGGGGCAAGUUUAAACGGAAGCAGACGAUCCGCUGAGGUGCCAAAAAUCAUUCCUGUCUUUGCAGAAACCAAAGCAUCAUGUCCUCACUUCCUCCACCCCCCAUACACUAAUAUCCCCACUACCCAGGGGCAGGGGUGGGUCAUAAUUAACCAAAACACAUACUGAAUGCAGUACAUCCAUCUUUCUAUGGUUGUGUGUCAUGUCACUCAGGGUUUAAAAUGUCACGGAAAUCGGCACUCGCUCAGUUAAGGCACUGCUGUCUGUAGCGGCUUUCAAACUGCUGUACUUGUUUCCCGUUGUGGCUGUUGCGCUGCUAUACUGUGACUGUUCCCACACCCAUCUCUGCCAUGUGAAAUCUAUUAAAAAUAUCUGUAGUGUUCA